CCCGCAGGCUCCUCGCCCUUCAUGGAUGCGCUGACUGCCAACGGCACCGCCAGCCUGCAGACGUCGGUCAGCAGCGUGGCCGCGGGGAAGAGGAAGUUCGUGGACGAGCGGCGCGACCAGCCCUUCGACAAGCGGCUGCGCUUCAGCGUGCGGCAGACCGAGAGCGCCUACCGCUACCGCGACGUGGUGGUGCGCAAGCAGGAGGGCUUCACGCACAUCCUGCUGUCCACCAAGUCCUCGGAGAACAACUCGCUCAACCCCGAGGUGAUGAAGGAGGUGCAGAGCGCGCUGGGCACGGCAGCGGCCGAUGACAGCAAGCUGGUGCUGCUCAGCGCUGUGGGCAGCGUCUUCUGCUGCGGCCUGGACUUCAUCUACUUCAUCCGGCGCCUGACCGAUGACCGCAAGCGGGAGAGCACCCGAAUGGCCGAGGCCAUCAGGACCUUCGUGAACACCUUCAUCCAGUUCAAGAAGCCCAUCAUCGUGGCGGUCAACGGGCCGGCCAUCGGGCUGGGGGCGUCCAUCCUGCCGCUGUGCGACGUGGUCUGGGCCAACGAGAAGGCCUGGUUCCAGACGCCCUACACUACCUUCGGGCAGAGCCCCGACGGCUGCUCCACCGUCACCUUCCCCCGCAUCAUGGGCGGCGCCUCCGUGAGUGGGGGCCGGGCCACGGGCAUCUGGUGGCGCUGCCCGGGCGGGUGGCAGCGGGGGGGCGCCGGGCCCGCCGCUGAGCCGCCGUCCCCGCAGGUGCUGGAGGAGUCCAAGGCCCUGGUGCGCUGCUCCAUGCGGGCUGAGCUGGAGCAGGCCAACGAGCGGGAGUGCGAGGCCCUGAGGAAGGUGUGGGGCUCGGCCCAGGGCAUGGACUCCAUGCUCAGGUACCUGCAGCACAAGAUCGACGAGUUCUGAGGCCGCCGCUCUUGACUGGCCAGGCGUCUGAGUACUGUAACUUUGAAAUAAAUGACUGCAAAGCUCCUCCGUCCAGACGUCCUUCUUUUGUCCUUAGCUGCAGCCCCGCAGUGGCCGGCGGCGUCGGCUGCGUCCCCGCCU